CGUGCACGGAACGGAUGCCACCGCCGGGAGGGCCCGCACACGAUUGACCCCGUAGCGACGCGUACGCAGGGUGCCGUCUCGCACGAUGUUUCAUGUGCUUCCCCGGCCCAUCGGCGAACAACCCAACCGCAAUCUUGUCUUCCGCACCGGUUCCUCCCAGGAGCUACACCAUCAAGCGGUCCUCUGUCCCUUCUCGUCACCCGGUCGAACGAACGGAAACGAUUUGGAAACCGCGUACCCGGGAAACACCGCGAACGAAGGCAACAAAGGAAACCUACAAUUCCAAUCCAGUCCAAUCCGAUUCCCACCUAGCGCAAACGAGCAUCGCAUCCGUUCGGAGAUCCAUCGUGGCGGUGCAGUGUGGCAAACAAGCGAAGCACGCAAAACCAAAGAACCGCAACGAGAAACAAGACAGGGAUCGAUCGAUCGAUCCAAUCCAAUCGAAUCCAAUCCAAUCCAACCCAGACGGAGAGGCUUUCCUUUGGUUCCGAGUGGCACCGCUGCAGAAGUGACGCUGCGAAUCGAAGCACGAGGUAUUGCAGGAAGACGGCGACACCGGGCAAGAAAGGCUCCGAAGCGAAAGCUGCCGCGCGAUUGACGAGGCAGGAGCGAGAAGCAAGAGAAGCAGCAACAACAGCAACAGCAACAGCAACAGCAAUAGCAUUAGCUACAAAAGCAGCAGCAACCCCCAUUGCUCACCCACCCUUCCCUCGAUUUCCGCAACAAUGGCAAGCAUCGGAAGCAACAGCAACUACCACACGCCCGAGAAGGCACGCUCGGUGGCAAGCAGCCGGGAGGACAGAAGGAAGGGCAAGCACAGCAAGGACAGGCGCAAAGAGAAGCAAAAGGACACGGAGAAGACCGGCUCGGUAGGAUCCCCCCUCUCCAUCAUCGAGCAGUGGCAGAAGGACGCGAGGGGAGCCGUCGAGGACGCCUAUGCGAACUACGUCCUCGGGGACGACACGGGAGAAUCGGCCAGGCUGGUCCUGGUGGCCAGUCCCGCGGACGACCUGGCGCUUCUCGAGAACUCGGGCCAGGGGAAGCACCCGCCCCACAUUCUUCUGAACGACGGCAAGGGCAGCGGCAACGGCAACAAGAACAACUCUAAUUCGUGUUCGAAUUCGAAUUCGAACAAUAAUUCCAACCACCACAACAACAGCCUGCUCCUCCUCUCCCACCGCGAGUACUACACGGACGUCAACCGGCAGAACUCCCUCCUCUUUGGGCGCAGGGCCCACAACAAGCACGACCCCCACGCGGCCAGCUUUGCCUCGUGCGGGGUCACCUUUGUAGAGAUCAACGGCAGGGCCUACGUGCACGCCCUGGACGAGCACUCGGAGGCCUACCGAUCGGGGGUCCGGCCGAAGGACUGCGUGCAGUACGCCGCCGUGCUGGCCAAGGAGUGGGAGGACCCCCUGGGGGCGGACUUUGAUCCCAUCUCCUCGCAGGCCAUGGACCGGGAGGAAUCGGGCCAGAGGAUCACCUACGAGGAGCUCAAGCGGGUCUUUCUGCAGGGCUCGGGCAUCCUGGGGGACCUCAACUGCCACGGGAGCGACGCCGGCUACCCGGUKCCGGGGGAUCCCGACCAGGAGUUUUACCACCGCCACCGGUCGGCCUCYGGGAACGUGGUGAUGGGGCCCGCGGGGAGCGUCUCUUCUCCCCAGGGCUUUGUGCCGCCCCUGCCCACGACGAUCCGGAUCGCCGCCAAGAAUCCCUGCGGGGCCCUCCUGCAGCAGGAAACGAACACGGACCCCGGGGACGAGUCCCUCAMCGGAAGCAUCGUCAAGAAGGACCGCAACCGCAGUUCCGGACCGAUCGAGCCCAGUCCGGUGGUCCUCGUCUUUCGGCGGACCCGCCAGCGGCCUCCCAGGGCCUGGAACAUGUGGCCGAACUACCGCCUCGACGACGAAUGCGAGAUGGCCUGCCAGAUCCUCGAGUCCCUCACGGUGGCGCAGCGCCCCGGGGGCAGCAGCAGCAACGGCAAAAGCAGCGGCAAAAGCAACGGCAGCAGCAGCAACAGCAACAGAAGCACCUCGGGCGAGACAUCGUCCAGCACGGCCCGGGUCCUCUUUAGCACGGACGGAAACGGGGGAUUCGCCGACGGCGGGAGCCUCGCCGACGACGAGGCGUCGGGCGUCGAGGCCUCGACCCUGAGGGGGAUGGUGGCCAAGAGCGUYGGACUGGCCUUUGUUCGGUCCAACAAGGUCGUCUUUGGGGUCUCCCUCCACGGGGGGUCCGGGAUCGUGCUGGCCCGCCUCUCGGACGGGACCUGGUCCGCCCCCUCGCUCAUUGGCAUGGGAGGCGUCGGCCUGGGCCUCCAGGUCGGACUGGAGGUUGCCAGCUACAUUUUUGUCCUGCAGACCAKGGAGGCCCUCGAGCACUUUUCCCGGGGGGGAUCCUUCACCCUGGGGGCCAACGUCGGGGCCGCCCUGGCCAGCAUGGGCCGGGAGGCCAUCGGGGCCGCCUCCGUCUCGGGGGCCCUCUGCGGGAUCGCCCAGCMGAUCCAGGCCAUCAAGGAGGACGAGUACAACUUUGAGGAGGACGAGGAGGACCCCGACUACGAGGCGGACACCGAGAAGGGGGUGUCGGGCACGGGCCGGGCCUUCCGGAGGCGCAAGGGGGAGACCCCCUGCCACCCCGGGGGGGGCUGCCACGGGCCCUUUCCCCCGUCCACCGGCUGCGCCGGGGAGUGCUCGGGCCUGGCCAGGGCCCCGGCGAGGGCCCUCGAGGCCGGCACCGUCGGUGGCCUGGCCCCGGUGGUGGCCUAYGCAACCUCMAAGGGCCUYUACGUCGGGGUCUCCCUCGAGGGGAGCCGCCUCUUUGCCCGCCAGGAGGCGAACGCCCGGGCCUACAAGUACGAGAGCUACAACCACAAGGCGGUCACGGCCCGGGACAUUUUGACGGGAAAGAUCGCCGAGAGGCCCCCCGAGGCCGAGCCCCUCUACGCCCUCYUGCACGCCAUYGAGCUGGCCCACGACUGGUCUUYGCUCCUUCCGCUGCCSGAGGGGGAGGGUGCCYGGACCSUGCCCUGGGAGUCGUCCGCUCYKCCCGUUUCCCCGGCUUGGGAMRCCCGAGAGAAGAACGAGAMRGAGGAAACCGRGGGGGACGAGCCCGGUCCGGAGGACUUUGCGGACAGGUUCCGUUCCUUUUUGUUCGGGGGCAUCACCGUCACCCGCCUYUCCCGGAACCGCAAGCGGGAGCAGCGGACCCUGUGGCUCAGCUCCCCCGCCCCGGCGGAAGAGGCGGCCCCCUUGCAUCCRCAACACCCYGCGCAGAAGGCCGCCARGGACAGCGAGGCCGAGCGGGGGUCCCUCCGGGUCGGCUUUGUCUCGAAGCUCUACCCGGCCACGGCCCAGCGCAAGCACCUGAGCGCCUCCCUCAUCAACGACGUCAAGGAGACGGGGGUCGGCGGCCACGCCGCCGGGGGGAGCGUCGUGUCGGACACGGAGGGACUGGACGAGCUGACGCUGGAUUCGGCGCUGCUGGUGAGUGGUGUUGUGCUGUGUUGUGUUGUGUUGUGUUGUGUUGUGCUGUUCUGUGCUGUUCUGUUCUGUUCUGUCGCGCCGCGUCGCGCAAUGUCGUCUUGUAUCGUUUUGGUUUGGCUUCGUUUGGCUUGGCUUGGCUUGGCUUGUUGGUUUUAUAUUUGUUUGGUUUGGUGUUUGGAGUGUAUUUUGGAGCGAUUCUGUGCGAUGGUUGUUCCAUGCUCGAAACACUUGCUGAUUCUCUUGCGUUGCUUUUUUUUUUCCAAUGUUUUUAAAUAUUCGGUCAGGACAACCAAUCCCUGCUGACCACGACGGGCACCCUGCAAGAACGAGUCGAGCUAUCCAAGAAAUUGUCGAUGGAUCUGGUGGACGUCCUUUCYCUGACGCAAUCGCCACCCCCCGACAUUCGAUUGGAAGAUCCCUCGGAACGCAACCGAAUCGUCUGCCUGGAAUCCGCRGACGGCACCAGGCUCGUCUUUGUCGGAAAGACGGUCGAAGAAACCCGCUUGCUGUAUUGCGGACUGAAAAUACUUCUCGAGAAGGAGACGGCCCGGRUGGGCAUCCGCGGUGGACAACAGAGCAGGUCGAGCAAAAAGAACCGKGUCAUUGCGAGCGCGCUCAGAAACGGAAAGACGCCACCGUCGRCGGCGUCCAAGUUCCAGAGCAGGCCAAAACACACCGGUAGCAACAGCAGCGGCAACAACAACGGAUCGGGUUACGCGAGCUCGGACAUUGACGACACCGACGAGGGCAUGAACGAUCCGUCGGAMUACUACAACGCAUCGGUCACCGCCGCCUUUCGGGACUCGCUGCCACAGGGAUGGAAGUCCUGGGGGCGGGUUCCCGGACGAUCCUACAUGCGGGCCCAGUCGACCUCGCCCGACGACGGAUACCCGACCUACGCCCACGGCCAGCUACUGAUUCGCGACAUUUGCAAGAAGGUGAUUCUUCCCCUUCCACUGCCCCUCUGCCGGGUGUUGCUGCUGGACAGCUCCUCGCCCGUCGUUUCCAAGUGGGAGACGGAACGGGGGGAUUCCGAUUUCGAGAGGACCCCGUGGACCUUUCCGCCAGCGACCCCCCGGGAGAUGGAGCAGUUCCAGUCCGAGCACCAGCUGAUUGCCUCUGGUAGCAUGUGCGGGGCCCACCGGACCAUUUCCUACGAGCGGUUCCGAAACGGCCGGCCGGUCCGCCUCUCCGAGACCCACAUUGUCGAUUCGGACGACUCGGACAAGCUCGCCUUUCAGGUCAACGAGCGCCUCCCGAGGCGGGGCUUUUCCAUCAAGGUGAACAUUUUGCUCCGGGCGAUCGAGAACGGAAGCGCAUGCGAGGCUACCGUCCUGGGAGAAAUCCGGCCGGUGGGAAAGAACAUGUCCGAUCCGGAGGCGGUGCACAAGGCCCUGCUGAAGGUCCUGGAAGAGCUGAGGAACCGAUACGGAACGGACUACGUCGGCCUCAUGGCGGGAUUCAUGAGCGUGGUGGAAAACAUGCCCAAGGACGAGACGAAGCAGAGCCGGAGUCGGGGAAGCUUUUCCUCGUCCUGGAGAAGCGGCUGGGAGGAAAAGAAGGAAGACGGAGGAGGCGCCAAGAAAAUCCUCGGAAAAACGAGCGUGGUCAAGUUCGAGGACGUUAUGAAUGCGGACGUGGGCAUUGCGGACCUCCCGGAUCCGAGGUUUGCCCAGGAGASCAGGCCGAGCAACAGGAGCGCCGACGACUACAAGAACCGGAAGCCCAAGCCACGGUCCRCCCCCGGAGACGACAACACCUUUGCGAGCACCUCGGAUCCGGUGACGAUCGAGGUCAAGCCCCUGCCCAAGAUCCGGCUCAGCCUGAUGCCGUCCCCCCGGGAGGAAGACGAGGAAAACCUGGACGACGAAGGAGAACCCAAGAGCAAACCAAAGACCUCCUCGAGCAGCAGAAAGUCCAGGUCGUCCGCAUCGAAGAAGCGAUCCCUGCUGAAAAAGAAGAAGGGCACGAAACGAGAAAUCUAGAACCGGCCCGUUCGGAACGAGCGAGCCGGGAACGACACUGGACCGGUGGUCGUGGACCGGUCGGUGAGUCGUGAUCGAAGAAGCGAUCCUUUCCGUGAAAGAGAAAGAGCACGGAACGAGAAACAAAAAAAAACAAGCAUUGGCUUGUGGACCGUUUCUUGUGCACCAACCCGUUGCACAACGAAUGGAAACGAAUAAACGUUAGAGAGCACCAUGUGAUGUGUAUAUAUGCAUAUGAAAAAUAUAUAUGAUAGAAUAYAUGAAACGAGAUCGACGAACGGAUCGAMCUAUAAAGUUAUAAUCCAAAA